AUGGCUUCUCCAAACGAUAACUUUAAUGCCGCAAGUGAUGGUGUGGGUAUUCCUACAGCAAGUGCAUCUUCACCACCACAAUUCCAACAAACGGGGAACUUUCAAUUAGGUCCGCCUGUUGGCCCACCACCUGAUUCGGCACCUCUACUUGGCCCACCAGCCGGUCCUCCACCACUCGACGUCGAAGGACUUGCAGAAAAAAUUUUUAUCCACAACCGCUAA